UGGGUACAUAGCAUUGUGCAUAUGGCUCACUCAAUUUUUGGCAAGUGCAAGUGCGCUGAUAAGCUGCCGUCUGACUAAUUAUAUAUUUCAGUGCCCCUAAGAGGAACUCUCACUUUUCAUGAUUACCGAAAUGUAUAUACCUUUGCGAUAAGCCCAAGUGGGAACUACAGUUGCAGUGGGGGCCUGAUAAGAUUAGCGAAAGGCGUGAGCCAUGUUUGCCAAUAUAUAAACGGUGUUCACGUCGAAAUCUGCACAGAUUGUUUUUGUUUACCGAAACCAACUAGCUACCAACAUGCCCACCUUUGAGGAGAUCGUCGAGAAGGCCAAGAACUUCAAGAACCUGCCCAGCAAGGAGGAGUUCCUCGAGUUCUACGGCUACUACAAGCAGGCCACCGUGGGCGACUGCAACAUCGAGGAGCCGGAGGAUGAGGAGAAGAAGGCCCGCUACAACGCCUGGAAGAGCAAGGCCGGUCUGACCGCCGACGAUGCCAAGGCCUACUACAUUGAGGUCUACAAGAAGUACGCCCCCCAGUACGAAUAAGCAGUGCAUUUCCCUGGCGAACCCUAGUCCUAGACACUUUCCUGUGACCAUUCUAACGAUGCAUGUGAAUAGUUGUUGUAACUCUAUGUAUUUAUUGUAAUUUUAUAAUAAACCAAACACCUUUGCAUUUAAAGUGAAUGAACUCGCUAUUAACUCCAAAUUUUCCACCCAAUUUGCCGAAUGCGAUCAUAUG